AUGGUAGGUAAGGAAGUCCUUUCAAUAGAACAAGCUGAGAAGUUUUAUUUUUUAUAUGCUAAAUUAAUAGGCAUUAGUGUGAGAAAAAAAUUGGAAAGGAAAAACAAUAGUGGUGUUGUAAAUUGUAGAAGUUGGCAUUGUUCAAGUGAAGGCUUUAGAGAUGAAAAAUAUAAGCAUAUUGAAAAUCGAAAAAAGGAAGAACGUGAUGUGACAAGAGUGGGUUGUAGGACUACCUUAAAAAUACUUUUGAACAAAAAAACCAAUACUUGGUUUGUUAAAUGUUUUAGGGUUCAUCAUAGUCAUGCUCUAGCUAAGUCUCACGAAAAACCAUUUGUUAGAUCAAAUAGAAAACUAACUGAACCUGUGAGGGAAGUAGCAUUGUUGAUGAAAAGGGCUGGAAUAAAAACUUCUCACAUUUGGCAAUAUCUAGUAGAGAUAUAUGGAGGUUGGGAGAAGGUGGGAUGUAUAAAAGCUGAUUUAUAUAGAGGUUUGAGAAACAACUUUAGAAAUUGGGAUGAUUGUGAUACAACCACUGCCAUGGGUUAUCUUGAAUCAAAGAAAGGUCUGGAUGCAGACUUCUUUUACAACCAUGAUGUUGAUGAAAACAAUAGGUUAACUAACUUAUUUUGGGCUGAUGGAUCAAUGAAAGUAGAUUAUGAAUUAUUUGAGGAUUGUCUAUGUUUUGAUGCAACCUACAAAACAAACAGAUAUGAAAAACCAUUAGUAAUUCUACUUGGGUACAAUAACCAGAAUAGAACAUGUGUAUUUGGAUUUUGUCUUCUUAAAAAUGAGAAAUGGGAAAAUUAUAAAUGGCUUCUUAAGACAUUCUUAGAGUGUAUGGAGGUUAAGAUGCCAAAAACAAUGUUGACUGAUGGCUAUCUCUCUAUGAAAAAAGCACUGAAUGAGGUGAUGCUUGAAACAGUUCAUCAAAUAUGCUCAUGGUAUUAUUCAUAUAGCGAAUGGGAAGAUAAUUGGAAGAAAUUGAAAGAUGCUUACAACUUAUCCAACAAUAAUUGGUUUGAUGAACAAUAUGCUACGAGGCACAAGUGGGCAGAUACAUUUUUGCGGGGUCAUUUUUUCGGUGGGGCCAGAGCAACUGGAAUAUGCGAGUCUAUGAACGCAUUCAUCAAAAAAGAUUUAUAA